AUGGGGGCAACGACGGAGCCCAUCUAUAUUACAUACCUCAACGGCCUUGACAUUGCGGCACUAGAGCUUACGGAUUCAGAGAUACUAGAGGCCGUCGAGAAGGCGCUUGAUGCGCAGGGACGCAAGCAGGCAGUCAUUGAGCCCCGAGUGCAUCUUGUGCCGCGCGAUUCAGCCAAAGGCCACUUCAACGUUCUGCGCGGUGUCGUUCAUCCGCUUAACGCGGCAGGCGUCAAGGUUGUCGGAGAUUUCGUUGACAACUACAAGCACGGAUUACCCUCCGAAUUUGGUAUCCUGAGUUUGUUCGACCCAGACACCGGCGUGCCCAAGGCAGUUAUAGAUGCGACAUCUAUUACGGACAUGCGCACCGGCGCAGUGACAGCCCUGGGAGCAAAGUAUCUAGCACCUAGUAAACCAAAAAUCUUGGGACAUAUUGGCGCCCGUGGUAGCUCCUACUGGAACAUCCGUCUACUUGCCAGUCUCUUCCAAUUUGAUGAGAUUCGCAUCCAUUCAAAGCGCAAAGAGAGCCGUGAAGCACUGGGUGCGAGACUGGAAAAGGAGCUCGGAAGGCCAAUCCGUGUGCUGGAUAACUGGGAAGAGACCAUUGUAGGAGCAGACAUUGUCGUCGAAGCGUCACGGUUGUCAGCACCAGAGCCUUUACUGAAGACGAGCUGGAUAAAGAAGGGUGCGCUAGUGAUGCCCUAUGGCACAAUGAGUGCCCUGGAGCUCUCGCUGACGGACAUCAUGAACAAAAUGGUUGUCGACGACUGGGGCCAGUGUCGCAAGGGUCUGCCGCUAGGGGCCCUGCGGCAGCAUGUGGAUAACGACAAGCUGACAGAAGAGAAUCUCCAUGCUGAGAUGGGUCAGAUCGUGGCGGGUUUUAAGAAGGGCAGAGAGAGAGACGACGAGACGAUAUUGUUCUGGCAUCGUGGACUAAGUCUUAGCGAUAUUGCGCUCGGAACAGCCAUUUUGGACAAGGCGGCGAAGCUUGACAUUGGACAACGACUGAGAUACGCCUAA